ACCCACACACCGCGACGCCCGGCCCAGGUGAGGGGCGGCCCGCCAUCCCUCCCACCCGAGCCUCCCGCGCCACCCGCCCACGCCCCCGCCCUCCCGCAGAAGGCCCCUGGGCACCCCGGGCGCUGGCCGCCCAGGCUGGCGCGGCCCGCAGGCUGCCUGGCACUGCUGCUAUGGUGGCACCGGGCACAGGCACGGUGCCAGGCCCACGUCAGGAGCGCGGCGCGGCGCAGCACGCCCUCAGGAGAGAGUUACCGUAGUGACCAACCCGCGGCGAGGCGAGGCGCUGUGCUCCCGCGGCAGCGCGUCUCUGCAUCGCAGCCGCGGCCUGCUGCCGCUGCAGGCACUGCCGCCACAGGCUGCUGCCCAGGCCGCCCCUUGGCACCUGUACGGCAGCACUCACACAGAGGCACCACAGGGGUGCCGCGGAGCAGUGACACACCCCAGCACACCCGCCACACGCCGCGCCACGCACCGCCAGUCACACACACACGCCGUGCACGCGUCCACGUUCCCGCCGCGACACACACCGGCAGAGGCAAGGCGCCCCUGCAGCAGGCGGCGCCGCACAGUGACGGAGUGACGCCCAGUGAUUGGUGAUCCUUACUUUUAUGACAGAGUGUUCUGAGUGGCGCCGCGGCCCUCCACUCCCGCCACCACGGCUAUGAUAGCCGCUGACGCCUUCACCGUGGCCACGAUGAACCAGCUGUGCAAGGUGUGUGGAGAGCCCGCUGCUGGCUUCCACUUCGGGGCCUUCACCUGCGAGGGAUGUAAGUCGUUCUUCGGCCGCACGUACAACAAUCUGUCACAAGUGCACGAGUGUAAGAACGGCGGGCAGUGCGUGAUCAACAAGCAGAACAGAACCUCGUGCAAGGCGUGCAGGCUCCGGAAGUGCCUCCUGGUGGGCAUGUCCAAGACGGGGUCCAGGUACGGGCGCCGCUCCAACUGGUUCAAGAUCCACUGCCUGCUGCAGGAGCAGGCUGCCUUCAACGGCCAGGCUUCCUCCGGCCUGCGCCCGCCCAUCACGCCCACGCUGCAGGAUGGCUCGCUGCCAUACGUGGCCAGCCGCCUGCGGGAGGCCAUGGGCCACGAGGCGCCCCUCAGGCCGCCCGCGCCGCCGCCGCCACACGAUCUGCCCGCAGCCCUGUCCUCGCUGACGGCGGCCACGCACCUCCAGCAGCGGGAGGGCGGCGGCGGCCAGGAGCUGGAGGGGCGCCGCGAGCAGCUGCUGGCGGCGCUGCGUCACUGCCACGCCCUGGAGGCACCGCGCCGAGCCGCGGACCUGGACCUGCGGCGACCCGUGGACCUGGAGGCGCUGCGCCGCCACCUGGAGCCCGAGGGGGAGCGCGCGGCGGCGCCCUUCGCGCUGCUGGAGUGGGAGCGACGCCUGCGGGAGGCCGCGCGCCGCGCCGCGCAGCCUGACCUGGACCGAAAGGCGCCGCAACCCAUGGAGGUGAAGGUGUCCCAGGCGCCCGAGGGAAAGGCGCCCCGCAGUGACCUGCCCUCCGCCUCGCCGGACAUGGACACCACCGCCGCGCCCCCCAAAGACGACCACGACAAGGGCUUUGCCGGCGGCGGGGGGCGCGGCUCCCCGGGCGCCUGCGGCCUCAUGACGGAGGAGGAGCGGCUCACUUUUCUCAAGGCGGUGGCGAGUCCCGUCCCCCACCAGCCCCCGCCACCUGUGGGGUGCGUGCGCCGCCCCCACGACCUGCUGACCUACACGUCCCUCAACAACAACCUCUUCCCCUUCGCGCCGUGCCCGCCCCUCUGGUCUUCCGUGCUGCCCUUCCCCCCUCUCGCUAAGUUCUACCCGCCCCUGCCCACCCCCGCCCCUCCCCCGCCCCCUCCAUAGCCGGCGGUGUUCGGCGCCCCCGCCGCCUCGCCCUCUUGCUCGCCGUCGCGCUUCGCCAAGGAGGACGCCGCCACCAAGAAGCGCUUCCUGGACGCCGUGCUGCAGGUGCAGCGCCGCAGCGCCAGCCCUCCGGAGCGCCAGGACGCGCCCGCGGCUUCGCGCUCCCCCCGCGGCCACCAGGUGUCGCCGCCAACCUCGCAGGCCGCCCACGACCAGCCCAUCGACCUCACCGUGAGGAGGAAGCGCAAGAUGGACAAGAGCGAGAUCCAGUACCACCCCGGCGACGACAAAUGGCUGCGCGGCGAGGACGGCGACGACGAGGACGACGACGACGACGACGAGGUGGAGGAGCUGCUGGAGGACGACGAGGACGAGGAGGUGACGGAGGAGGAGGCGGUGGAGGAGGUGGUGGAGGAGGAGGCGAAGGAAGGAGAGAAGCAGGUGGAGGUUCCGGUGAAAUUACUGAAGCUGGAAGGAGGAACAGUGAUGGUAUGAAGGAGUGAAGGAAGGAAGCAAGGAGGGAAGGAAGGAUAUUUAGUCAUAAAGUGCCAUUUCUACGGGGGGCCGGGGGGGGGGGCAGCCCAGCACCCCUCGCCCUCCUUCACCCACGCCAACACGAAGAAAAAAGAAACAACAACAUUCUUUUAAUAGUAGUGUAUUCAUUUUCUCUUUUGUGAGUGUUUAGCCAGUCACAGCUCUCUCUCUCUCUCUCUCUCUCUCUCUCUCUCUCUCUCUCUCUCUCUCUCUCUCUCUCUCUCUCUCUCUUCCUACCUAUUCAUCUUUAAUGUGUUUUUACAAUAUUACUGACUCUCUCUCUCUCUCUCUCUCUCUCUCUCUCUCUCUCUCUCUCUCUCUCUCUCUCUCUCUCUCUCUCUCUCUCUCUGUCACCCUAUCUCAACACAUCCAUAGCUCUCUCGUAUUAUUUUAACGUUCCUUUACCGCGUUCCGUCCAGUGUUCCGUCCCCACUACAGUACCCAAGACUUGUGGAGCUUCUGGGUGUUAUGAAUUAUUCCGCAGGGCUCCGUUAAGUAUUCCUGACGUGCCUUAGUCCCUCUUAGUGUUCCCUGAGUGUUCCAAUGCCGCAGUGCUCCGUAAGAGGCAUUUAAAGCCACCGCGGGACUCUACAAGUGGUACAAGUCUCUAAAUCUCAAAGUGUUCUGUAUCUUUCCACUCUGAAGUACUUAAGUGCCUAAGAGAAGUACAGAUGUGUUUAAGUGUUCCAUUUUUUGUUUUAUAAGUACACCACUUGAGAGAUUUUGUAAGUGACUUUUAAAGGAUUGGGGAGUGUGAAGUGAGUCGUAUUGUGUUUUUAAAGUGGUCCUUAAGUAUUUGUAAGUACAGAGGUGCUUGUAAAGUGUUCAGUGCGCCGUGUAAGUGCCUAUAAGUGUGUGCCUUUUAAGUGUAAAGUGCUCCGCUGUUCUGCUUGCCACUCCUAACACCCUCUGCUCAUCUGCUAGUGUGUGUGUGUGUGUGUGUGUGUGUGUGUGUGAAAAUGGUGCGUAGAAUGAUUCUUUUUACCCUCUCUCUCUCUCUCUCUCUCUCUCUCUCUCUCUCUCUCUCUCUCUCUCUCUCUCUCUGUCUCAAGUGUUAAGGCUCAUUAUAAUUUUGUAUUUUGUUGAUUAAUAAUAACUGAAUAACAAAUAAUGAAUAAACUUA